ACAAAAAUUAUGUCUGGACACUGAGACCGAUCAUACUUCUUCCUUAAACAAAGUUAACAGACAUCUACUAACUAUGACUCUAAAAUUCACAAAAUGUCAAUCUGUAUUAAUCACUGGAGCGAGCAGAGGCCUCGGUCUACAAAUGGUGAAAGACCUGGCGAGAAGCACCGAGAGACCCAAAACAAUAAUAGCGACUGUUCGCAAUCCAGCCGCAGCACAGGAUCUUCAAAAUAUUGCCAAGUCCUGCAAAGGUGUUCAUAUUGUACAGCUUGAUGUUGUCAGCCAGUCAAGUAUAGACUCAGCAUUGCAAGUGGUGUCAUCUAUACUGGGAAGCGAUGGGCUGAAUUGCCUCAUAAACAACGCAGCCAUCAAUCCAUCCACUGAUCUGAAGACAGUGACACCUGACGCCAUGAUGAAGACUUUCGAGAGUAAUACUGUUGCCCCUCUUUUUGUCACCAAGACAUUUCUGCCAUUGCUACAGGCAGCUGCUGCACGGGGCACUGGAAUGGGGAUCCAUAGAGCAGCUGUGAUCAACAUCUCUUCCAUACUCGGCUCCAUUAAGGUUAACUGGGGAGCCGGAGCAGCCUUCAAAAGCUAUGCCUACAGAACCUCAAAGGCUGCCUUGAACAUGACGACAAGGUGUCUGGCCACUGACCUGGAAUCUGAAGGGAUUCUGUGCAUGGCUCUUCACCCUGGCUGGGUGCGCACUGACAUGGGUGGCCCACAUGCGGAUUUGAGUGCGGAGGAGAGCAUAUCAUCUUUGCUGUCUGUUAUCACUGAUCUGACAGAAAAGAAUCAUGGGGGAUUCUUGGACUACUCUGGAAACAAGCUACAAUGGUGAAGCUCAACUUGGAAACAGUAACUUGUGGAAUGGGUUAUGUGCAGUUGUUCUGCCAACAGUUCACUGGGACAAAACACAGCAGAGAUCACAGAAUAGAACAAACAACUGCAACAUCAUGCUAUUAUGUUGCUCAGCAAUCUCGGAUUCCGUUGUAUCUAGUUGGUGUGAGAGAACUUGGAGAUUUGACAUUUUAAAUUGGAGACUUUGUUUCAUCUGAGUGGUUUGGGUUGUUGUUACACUUUCUAAAGGUAAUCUCACUGUUUGAAUACAAAAUAUAUACUGUAUAAUACAUAUAUAGGAACAACAAUGUUUUGCCAUUCAAAAGUUUUAUUCAAUCCAUUUCUUUCAAAUUAUAAUAAGAACGUGAUUAAUCUGUAUAGUAUAUUGUUGUUAUGAUGACACCAGUAUCCAGUAUAAUGGGAAAUGUACAGAUACUGUUGUUUGUAGGCAGGUGAGGCGUAGAGAAGAGAUCAGUUGAACUAGGGCUGACCCAUCUCUUCUGAUGUGAGAGAGGAAGGCAUGGUAUCCAGAGCUCCGAUUUCUGUAAGGUAGAUGACAAAACAUUUGAGUGAGCACAGUUAGAUGGUUAUAACUGAUUAGGACUAUGCUAGUAUUUGUUCUGUUCCAAAUGUUGUAGCAACAUAUAGCCAGGAAUCUUGACUAGAAAUGUAAUCUGUAAAUAAAUUUGAAAUACAAAUAUAACCAGACCAUAUGAAAAAUAUGAUUAUUUUACUAUUUUUGGAACAUGUCGA